CUGAGAUGGCAAGUUGGAUACAUGCAGAUGUUAAGUUCUAAAAUACCGACACAUCCUGCGUUCACACUACGGAUCUUCUCCUCACGGAUCUAUGUCAUCUGCGAUCCUUCCUUAAUUCAAGCGGUCUACCGGAAUACCAAGGCCUUCGACUUCGGUCAAUUCGUUGUGGAGUCGUCACAAAGAGCAUUCGAUAUUGGAGAAGCGGGGAUGAAGAUUAUUCGGGGCGAAACCGCGCCAAAUUACGACCCUAGUGGUCCAUGUCUGAAUGGAAAUAAAGGCGACUCGUAUCUGAACGAGCAUCACAAGCUUAUGCUAGAAGCGCUUUCUCCAGGCACUGGUUUGUCGGAGCUAAAUAAGGGAGUUCUGGAUAAAGUCGCAGAACAUCUUAAUGUAAUUGAUGGAGGGGAGAAGAAGGUCGGUCUUUACAGAUGGGUUAGGGAUGUUUUGACUCUGGCCACUGCGGACGCGCUAUACGGACCUCAUGAUCCCAUGAACGCAGACCAUAGCCUCAUAGACAAUUUAUGGGACUUCGAGGAAAAUAUGACCUUGCUCAUGCUGAACCUCCUUCCGACAAUAAUCGCACCAAAAGCCUACAGAGGCAGAGCAGCAAUCAAGGAAGUUUUUAGAAAAUACUACGAGAAUCACGACGAGCUCACCGGCAGCACAUUGAUCCGCGCACAUCUUGCCUGCGCUCAAAAAUGGGGCUUUUCAGCCGACGACAUCGCUAACUUCGAGAUUUCAACUCUCUUCUUAGCUACUACAAAUUCUGUGCCCACAUCAUUUUGGCAACUAAGCUAUAUCCUCUCGUCUCCAUCCCUCCUGCAUGAAAUUCAGAAAGAGGUAGAGGGCAUAGUAAAACGAGAGAGGAAAGAAGAUGGCACCGAGGAAGCGGUGAUGGACAUCGCUCUCUUCCAGUCCCAUUGUCCCCUUCUAGUGGCCACCUUCCACGAAACACUCCGUCUGAUCGACGCCGCGACCUCUGUUCGGGCAGUAGUAGAACCAACAACACUCACCUCAUCUAGCUCGUCUUCCACAUUUUCCCUCAAAUCACCAUCAGUGAUCCAGCUCCCAUCCGGAAUCACGCACACCUCACCCUCAAUCUGGGGCCCCGACGCCUCCUCCUUCAAUCCCACCCGCUUCCUCCCCUCAGAAAAAGGCGCCCUCGACAAAGAAACCCGGCGCAAGCAAAACCAGGGCUACUUCCCCUUCGGCGGCGGCAAGCAUCUCUGUCCUGGCCGACACUUCGCAAUGAUGGAGAUUCUCGCCUUCGUCGCUGGCAUCGUUGUGGGAUUCGAAGUGGCAGGGAUGGAUUCUGUGCCCGAUCGAGCAUUCCAGAAACUUGGGACGGCGGUGAGGAAACCGGUUGCUGAUGUUGAGGUUGGGGUUAAAAGGAGAGUGGGGUGGGAGGGUGUGAGGUGGAGAUUUGAGGGGGAAAGAGGGAGGUUGGAUUUUAAGGCGCUGGGGACGGAUUCCGAUGACGAAUAG